AUGGAUGUUGAUGAAGUUCCCGCUCGGCCCUCUGUUACUCCAGCCAAUAAGCGCUUUGAAAUUAAGAAGUGGAAUGCAGUUGCUCUGUGGGCGUGGGAUAUAGUUGUUGAUAACUGUGCUAUCUGUCGAAAUCACAUAAUGGAUUUAUGUAUCGUCGUAGAGGAACAAGAGACACAAAGGCUUGUCGAAGAGCCAAGGCAAACCUAUGAAGCAACUCAGCAUGCUUACACGAAGUACAUCCCUUUUUUUGCUCUAACUUCCAACGAAACUAUGCUGCAACCGGAGGGUGAUGUGACGGACAUGAUGUCAAGUAUCCUCAAAGUCGUGGAGACACAAGUUGUUGAUGCUGGUGUGACAGACGUCAAUUUUCUUGAGCAGCAGGAUUAUGAUGCUCGUGCUGAAUACUACGCUACACAGUUAUCACAGAAAACUGAUCUUCCUGAUUCAAUGCUCAUCACACUCGCCGCCUCUGGAAAUCCAUCUGCGAUUCUGGCGGAUAAAAUCCUUCGACAGUCUGAAAUUAAUGAGAUUCAAAAUCUUGCAAGCAGGAUCGCCAAACUUAUUGGGGCUAUGUACCCGCAGGUGACAGAAAGUUUUGUUGUGCAUUUAGAUCCCGUGUGA